AGCUUCCACCUUUGGAUGCAGGAGCAGGGAGGGGGCGCUCUCCCUGCAUUCAAAUGAGGGAGCGGAUCCAAGAUGGCGUCUUUCAUAAUAACUGUACUGCUGCUGCUUUGCUUAGCAUCAUUUUCACAGCAAAUAAGCUCCUCCAGGCUUUUGUAUGAGCCUUGUUACAAACCCUUCAGAGACGACAGACCAGCUUCUGUCCGGACACAUCCUCGCCCACAUGAGUUUGUGGAGGUGUCAGACCUUCCUCCAUCCUUGGACUGGAGGAACAUCAAGGGGAAGAACUAUGUGAGUGUCACACGGAACCAGCACAUCCCACAGUACUGCGGGUCCUGCUGGGCCAUGGGAGCCACCAGUGCACUAGCUGACCGCAUUAAUAUAAAGCGUGGAGGUGUGUGGCCGUCGGCUUACCUGUCAGUCCAGAAUGUGAUCGACUGUGGGAAGGCGGGCUCUUGCUUUGGAGGAGAUCACAUGAGAGUGUACGCCUACGCACACCAGACAGGCAUCCCUGAUGAAACCUGCAACAACUACCAGGCCAAAAACCAAAAGUGUGAGGAGUUUAACCAGUGUGGCACCUGCUCCUUCUUUGAAUCAUGUGCCAUCGUUAAGAACUACACAGUGUGGAAAGUGGGCGAUUAUGGAGAAGUUUCUGGAAGAGACAAGAUGAAAGCUGAGCUUUACACCAACGGGCCCAUCAGUUGUGCUCUGAUGGCCACAGCAGGCCUGGAGAAUUACUCUGGGGGAAUCUUCAGAGAGUUUCACCCCCUGUCCCUGCCAAAUCACAUCAUAUCUGUGGCUGGCUGGGGUGUGACGGAGGACGGGACUGAGUACUGGAUCGUCAGGAACUCCUGGGGAGAGUUUUGGGGAGAACAUGGCUGGGCAAGGAUCGUCACCAGUGCAUAUAAAGGAGGAAAAGGAAACUGGUUCAACUUGGGUAUUGAGAACAACUGUGCAUAUGGAGACCCUAUUGUGACAUAAAUACCAAAAUAAAAUGAUAAAAAGACU